AUGACGACCAUCAGAUCCUUUGCAAGAGUGACUCCAGAGCGCUUUACAGACCAACUACUAUAUCUUCAAGACGGUGAAUUUGAACCUGAUGAUUUAUAUUCAGAUGCGACUGAUAAUGAAUGUCACAAAGCCUUGAAAAACGAUAUAAAUCGAAUCACUUGUGUUUAUGACAAGAAUGACAAUAAAAGUCUGAAGUUGAAAUUCUUUAGGAAUAAAUUGAAACAGGGCGAUAUUAUAAAUGAAGCUGAGGAUGAAGAUUUUGAUGAGCCAAAGUCUGUAAAUCUCCACAAACGAAAAAGGAAAUGCACUAUCCAAGAGUAUAAUAAUGUAUUUGUCAGGAACUCGGAAUUAAAUGAUUAUUGCAAGAAGCUUUCAGAUUUGCAGUCACAUCAUAUCGAAGAAGACUCACAACGUGUCUGCCACUUUUUGCAAUGCUGA